AUGGUCUCAGCGUCCAUCGACGUUUGCUUGGACGAACCUGUGCCCAGCGAUCUGGAGGACUGGUCGGUGCGAAGCAACCCUCCUGCAGCCGGUAAUUCAAAGGAUGGCUGGGCUGAAGGGCAGAAUGAGCAUCUCGACCAUGAGCAGCUCGAGAUGCAGGUUACGAUGCUCGCGGACUUCCUUGCCAGACUUCAGCUCACGAGACCGGAGGUCUUGAGAGUUACGAAGGCUCGAAAUGUGCUCUGGCGGUUUGGAAAGGUGUUGCGUGAAGGAUCAACUGGAAGGAACCUCUAUGGACACAGUCGAAUGGCAUCCUCCAUAUUCCAGUUCUGGUCACACUCUUGGCAUGGUCCUGUCUGGUCGAAGAUCUUGAUGCUUCUCGUGGUGUGCAACGGCUUGCCUGCCGUGUUGCUUGGUACAGUGGCUUCGGUAGCCACGCGUAUCCUAAUUUCCCCUUACGUGGGGCCCCUGCCGCUAGACCGGGAACGCGGAUUGUGGUGUAUGCUGGCAGGAGUUGUGGUCUCCACACUAACGUUGCUAUGCUGGCAGUCUGCCAGGCGAGUUUUCCUUGACAGGAUCUGCAUCCACCAAACCGACCCCAGGCUGAAGGUAGAGGGCAUGCUCAACUUGGCAGCACUGCUGAAACACUCACGCUCCAUUCUGGUAUGUUGGGACUCGACAUACUUGAGGCGGAUGUGGUGUUGCGUGGAGCUGGCGGCGUUUUUGAAGUGCCACCCUGAUGGUCAGCUGAUUUUCAGGCCUGUCGGCUGGGGCCCCUGUGCAGUUGCUGUGUUCCUGUCCUUUGCAACGUUUCUGGUCACCCCGAACCUUCUGAUGGACAACUUGCCGAGUUCGGUGUGGCGGGAUCAAGACUGGCUUUUUGCCCUCGCUGGCGGGCUGAUGUAUGCGUUUUCUGUGGGUCUGUUCAUGUAUUUCACCAGCGCUGCAGCUCGUGCCCACUUCCGCGCAGUUUCUGCUGUCCAAAAGCAGCUAUCGACAUUCUCCUUCAACGGUGACACUUUCUGUCAUUGCUGCAGCGCGAACCACGUGAAUCGGAAGACUGGGGAGCAGAUGAUGUGCGACCGCAAGGCCAUGGAACUGUGUUUGGAGCAUUGGUUCGGUUCCGUCGCUGCUUUCGAUGAGAUGAUGCAGCGCAAAGUCUCCGAGGCGUUUGAUCGCAAAGUCUCGCAGUGCAUUUUGCCAUAUACAUGGCUGAUCGGGGCUACUGCCCCUAUGCUUUGGUGGGCAGUUCAUUCAAUCUUCCGAUAUUGGCACAACUCAUGGCUCGCCUUCACCAACUUCUACUACUUGAUUGGGUGGUGGUUGGGGAACAUCCCGGUUCUUGCGCUGCUGUGGCUGCGUAUCGCCCGCCGGGUGCAGCGGCGGCGAGACCGGCGGUGGAAGGAGGUUAUGUUGAACAUAGCCUGCUCCUGCUUGGCUGGCCUGAUGUUUGCAUUUGUUCGCGCGGUUGAGACUUCGUCCUCCUUUCUUAUAGGGAUUUAUGGCAUUGUCGUAGUUGUGUCCCUUUCUUUGCUACUUGACGCCUUUGUUCUGAUAUGUUGGGCCCCUAAGAUCGGAAUCGGCCGAGCCGCCUGA